CGUUCGAACGGAGUGCAACGUGUGCGCGCGAGUGUUGUAAAAGAAAAUAAUAAAAAAAGUUUUUUUUUUAGCAAAAAUCAAAAUAAAUAAAAAAGUUUAUAAAUACAAAUGAAAUUCAAUAAAAAUUAAACUUGUGUGCGUUUCUAAAACCCCUUUUUAUUUGCGACGACGGCGACAACAACAAACAAGAUAAAAUUGUUGAAGAGCAUAAAAUAAUUAAAUAAAGAAAAUUGAUUGAAAAUAAAAAGUAAAACAAAUAUUUAACACCAACAACCAGAUAACAAACGCCAAUUACAUAUAAAAUAAAUAAAUAUUUAAUUCUUACAAUCAAAACAAAAUAUUUAGUAAAUGAAAUGCAAUGAAAUCAAAAAUGUACUAAUUUUUGUGCAAAUGGCAAACAAGUGAAACAGUUAAUAAAACAAAAGAUUCAGUUAAAACAGAUAGAAAAAAACUUAAUAGAAGUUCUAUAAAUUUAUUAAGAUUUAAAAUACUACAACUUUAUUAAAUACAAGAGAUUUUGGAUGAAACCACGGUUGAUUACGCAAAUUUAAAGUGACAGUUUGUUGCAGCAGCAGACGACAACGAAGUUAAAUUUUAUUACUCUACUACACCAACAAGUACUACAACAACAUCCAGAAUAACAACAAAACACUCAACUCAUGUUUUUAUAACACAAAAUAGCAAAAAAGUAUUAAAUAUUAAUAAACAAAUCAUAUAAAAUUAAUAACAAAAGAAAAGAAACAAAUUUAAAAUAAUAACAAAUAUUAAAUUUCUCACAAAAUAUCGCUCUACAAAAAUCAUUAAAAUAUUCAUAGAAAAAAAAACCUCACAUGUUUUUUCAUCCGUAUUUAUUCAAAGGUGGGGUUGGUGUUUUAAAGUAAAUAAAUAAUAAUAACAAGUGCCAAUUAACCAGCCAACGAGUGUUAAAAGUAAAAUUGCAAAAUUUGUUUUGAUAUUUUUACACAAAAACAAAAUAAAAAUAAUGUUUUAAUACAUCAAAUAUAUCAACAAUAACAACCAAAACUGCCAGAGCUGAAACAGCGAAAAAAAAAAAUAAACGAAAAAUUUUCUUUAAAAACUUGUUGAAUAUUUGUUUCGAAAAUAGGCAAAAAAGUGCAAUUAUUUCAAAAUUUCUAUCUAAAUAGUCCAUUGGUCAAAAUGGGCUUCUCAUCGGCCCUUCAGGGCCGUGCUGCCCACGAGGCGUUAGUUGUACGACAAGAUGCCGAGCUGCGUUUAAUGGAGAUAAUGAAACGUACCAUGCAACUGAAGGCGAAAAACGACAAAGAAUAUGCCAUCGGUUUGGCCGCGGUGGCACAGCAGGGUUUGAAAAUCGAUCGGGCUGAUGAAAUGCAAGGUAGUCUUAUAACAAAAUCCUGGCGCUCCUACAUGGAUGAAUUAGAUCAACAAGCUAAACAGUUUAAAUCUAAUGCCGAACAAAUCGAAGUGGUUUGUGAAAAACUGGCCCACUUGUCGCAGGAUAAGCGCAAGGCCAGAAAAACAUACCAAGAAGAACACACAAAAAUAGCAGCCAGAUUAAAUCAUCUCACAGAUGAAGUGGUACGCAAAAAGUCCGAAUAUCAAAAGCAUCUGGAGGGUUAUAAAGCCUUGAGGACACGUUUUGAAGAACAUUAUAUUAAAGCCGGUCGUGGUGGACGAAAAUUAGAUGAUGUUCGUGAUAAAUAUCAAAAAGCCUGCCGUAAAUUACACCUAACCCACAAUGAAUAUGUCCUCUCGAUAACCGAAGCCAUUGAAGUGGAAAAGGAUUUUCGAAAAAUAUUAUUGCCCGGCCUCUUAGAACAUCAGCAAUCGGUUCAAGAAAGUUUCAUAUUGCUGUGGAAGAAUAUUUUACAAGAAGCCAGCCAACACAGUGAUUUAACCGCAGAUAAAUUUAAAGAGAUACAAAAACGUAUUGAUCAUGUGAUAAAUAGUAUAAAUCCCAGUGAAGAAUAUCGGGAAUUUACAGAAAAACAUAGAACCUCCCCCACCAGCCCUGUAGUAUUUCAAUUUGAUGAAUCUCUUAUCGAAGAUAUACCCGGUAAACUACAAUCAAGUACAUUGGCUGUUGAUAAUCUCACUGUCGACUGGUUGCGUACUAAACAAUUAGAGUUGGAAUUGUCCGUUAAAGAUUGCCAAGAGAAACAGCUAAAAAUGAUAGAUCAUGUGAAUGGUGGAUCACCGAUAAUUGCCAAUGGUACCAUAACCUCAAAUGGUAGCAUAACAAAUGGUAUACAAUCCUGCAAAGAAAAUCAAAACCGGCAAUCCAAGGAUUUAAAUGCUUUAAGAUGCCAGGAAAAACAAAAACAGAAAUUAGUUGAUAUGAUUAAAUUUGCCUUAAAUGAAGUUGGCUGUGAAGAAUUGCCUUCGGGUUGUGAUGAUCAUCUGGAUCCUAAUUUUGAACAUGGCUUUAACAAUGACAAUCAUCAGAACUCCAAUAAUACACCAUCUGUAAGUAUAAUUAAUGAAUUGAGAAGACGUGGUGGCGUCCUCACAUUACUACGUGGACGUCAUUUUAAACGUAAAUCAACACCGCAACCCACAACACCGACAGCAGCAACCAGGGCCAAACGUUUCAACAAUAAAAUGAAACCAAGAUCCCAGAGUUUGGGUUCAUUAUCGGUAAAUAAUCCUAAUAGUCCUGCCAGAUAUGAGCCUAUUACUAACAUACCCAUGCGCAUGGCUGCCAGUUAUGAAGCGAAUAAUAAUCAGGGUUUUCUGCAUGAUUCAAGUGAUUUUGACAAAGAUUAUGCAUUAAGAUUUGUGCCUUCUAAGUUAAGACGCAGUAUGAGUCAUGGUUCAAUAUAUUUAAGAAAUCCCUUCAAUGAACAGGAUGAGGAUGAUGAACUUGAGGAGAAUUCCAAUACUAACAAAGCUUUAAAUAACAAUCAUAUUUAUGCCGAUUUAGAUUUAAAAGAAGAAAGGGAAGAUAAUUCUAAUAUAGCAUCCAAUCAAGGGCAAAAGGAUAUAAUAACUAAAACUGAGACCGCUGCAAUUUUAGCAGACGAGAGCCAAAUGUGUCAAAGUAAAGUUGUUAUAGAAAUAAAUAGAGUAGAUGAUGGGCAAACAGAAACGGAAAUAACUGAAAAAGUAGAAUGUGUUGUUGUCAAUGAAGCGAAACUAGAGAAAACUCCGUCCGAUAUCCCCGAGGUAAUGCAAAAUUCCAUCGAUGCCCAUUUAGACAAGAUCGAUGAACUGAAUCGCACCUUGGACAAUCGUUUAAAACGUAAUAUUUCACCACAAGUAACUGAUCUAGAUGCCAUAGAAUCGGCCGAAAUUGUGGAUGUUUUACAACGCGCCAUGGGCCUGAAUGAGAAUUCCAACAAACGUUAUUCCACCUCUAGCUCGGAUAAGGAGGUGCAAGUCAAUACUAACAAUCAAAGUGACAAGCAGAAAAAGAGAUCUCUUUCGUUUUCACAAAAAUCCAUUAAUGCCAUACUCUGUAACAUAAAAGAGUUUUCGAAAAGUCCGCUCACCAAAAUGCAUAUUACCACGCAAGAUAGGGACAAAGAGACAACCACAGAUACUAGCGAUAUUAAUUGCUUCAAUUCUCACAGUAGCAAACAACCCAGUGAAAGUAAACUCUCAGAAAUAGCAACACAGCCGCCAGCUCCGGCACCUACUGAUAUGAAUACAAACAAUUCCCCAACACCAACUUCACUAACCUCCAAUAAUACUAACGAGGAUAAAACACUGAUCACAAACACUACCACAAAUGAACACCAGCAACAGCAGAAACUACCACAUUCCCUAGAGAGUUCUGUUACACAUGCCACUGCCAAUACAAAUCCGUCCAAGGAUACACAUAUUAUUACCUCAAAACUCAAAUUUAAAGUGCCAAAAAUACAAAAGAAAUCCAAAGCCAUACGUCAAACAUUCCGUAGUAAAUUUUUACAUUUCCAAUUGCGAAAGGGUAAACUGUGUAAGACAUGCACGAAACGAAGACGCAUUCAUCCGAGUAAAAGUGUUUUUGAUUUUUCCAAAGAAUUCCAUUUCAAUACUGCCAACGAUCAAACCAACGAAGAUAAUGAAGAGUUUUGUACAUGUCCCCUAGAUCAUCCUUCCUAUCCGCCACCCUCUAAUAAACGCAUUAACCUAUCGUCGUCGCACAUAACCAACUGUUUCGAUGAUGAGGACGAUGGCGAAAUGAGUGAUGAUGUUUUGUCCAUGAAGGAUCAUUGCUAUUGUGUUCCAAGUCUGGCAAUGAGUUUAUCCACAUCCACUAAUCGUCCUUUGUAUGAAGAGGAGUGGUUCCAUGGUGUACUACCACGUGAAGAAGUCGUACGUCUACUCAACAAUGAGGGUGAUUUCUUGGUACGUGAGACCAUACGCAAUGAGGAGAGUCAAAUUGUUUUGAGUGUCUGCUGGAAUGGUCAUAAACAUUUUAUAGUCCAAACUACGGUAGAUGGUCACUUUAGAUUCGAAGGACCACCUUUUCCCAGUAUACAAGAACUGAUCUUACAUCAAUAUCAAUCCGAAUUGCCGGUUACCGUGAAAUCCGGAUCCAUAUUGAGAAGACCCAUUUGUCGAGAAAUCUGGGAACUAAGUAAUGAUGAUGUUGUGUUGUUGGAAAAAAUUGGCAGGGGUAACUUUGGUGAUGUUUAUAAGGCAAAAUUAAAGUCCACCAAUUUGGAUGUUGCUGUAAAAACUUGUCGCAUGACUUUGCCCGAUGAACAAAAGCGUAAAUUCUUACAAGAAGGUCGCAUUUUAAAACAAUACGAUCAUCCCAAUAUUGUGAAACUGAUUGGAAUUUGUGUUCAGAAGCAGCCAAUAAUGAUUGUUAUGGAAUUGGUACCAGGAGGUUCUUUGCUAAAUUACUUGCGUAAAAAUUCAAACAAUUUAACCACUCGCCAACAAAUGGGCAUGUGUCGAGAUGCAGCUGCCGGCAUGCGUUAUUUAGAAUCUAAAAACUGCAUACAUCGUGAUUUAGCAGCACGUAAUUGUUUGGUCGAUCUAGAGAGUUCAGUAAAAAUUUCCGAUUUUGGUAUGUCACGCGAGGAAGAGGAAUACAUAGUAUCGGAUGGCAUGAAACAAAUCCCAGUUAAAUGGACAGCACCGGAAGCUCUAAACUUUGGCAAAUAUACAUCACUGUGCGAUGUAUGGUCGUAUGGCAUAUUGAUGUGGGAAAUAUUCUCCAGAGGUGAUACACCUUACUCAGGAAUGACAAAUUCUAAGGCUAGAGAAAAAAUUGAUGGAGGUUAUCGCAUGCCAGCUCCUUGCAAUACACCACCCGAAAUGUAUCGCUUAAUGUUAAAAUGCUGGACUGCCGAAGCAGAAUCUCGUCCACAUUUCGAUGAAAUUUAUAAUGUCGUCGAUGCACUGAUAUUACGUUUAGAUAAUAGUCAUUAAAAUACUUAUGUAUGUAUUUAUAUACUCACCUUACCAUUCUCAUUACACUACCAUACAACAAUCACAACCACACCAUAUACAUACAACAAUUAUUAUUUUAUGCUUAACCUUUAUUAUUUAUUAACAAUUUAUGCCUACAAUUUAGUUUAAGCAUAAAUAUUUAAGGUGAUACCAAGUAAAACUGAGCAAAAAUUUGAAAUAUUUGUAAAAAGAAAACAAGAUGAAAACAAAUCAACUAAAUUUAUGUCAUAUUGCAACGAAAAAUAUUUUUGAAACUACAAUCUAACAAUCGCUUUUUUUGAAACGAUCAAAUAUUUUUUUAAACACAUUUUUAUAUACUAUGUAAGAGCAUUUUACUAAAAAUCAAGAAAACGUAAGAGAAGCUGUUUGGAAAUUGUGUAUUUUCUUAAAGCUUUUUCUCAGUCUAUCGUUAUAAUGUGCCAAAACCAUUGAAAAACUUUCAACAAAAAGAAUUUUGCAACAAAUUUAUACUUUUUUUUAUUUAGUUUUAUGUUUUAUUAGCUUUUUUGUUUUGUUAUUUAUUUAAUUAAAAGAAAGUGUUUUUUUUUUGUUUUUAUUGUACAUUGAUUUCCUUAUAAAUUAUAAUUAUUAAUUUUUGACACUUACAUAUAAAUAUAAAGUGUCUCUCUGUAAGACGAAUUUUUACAUGCAUACAUAUUAGAUAAUUAAGUUUACAAUUUGAUUUCAAAAAUAAAAUCAUUUGUUUUAUUGUAUAAAUUUAUAUUUUAAAUAGUUUAUUCGCUUUAAUUUGUUGUGUAUAAUUUAUGUUUUAAAAAACAAUAUUAUUAUGUAAUAAUUACAAAUUAUAUUUUAUUCUAAGUUAAAAGUUAUAAAAUAUUACAAGAAAAAUUAAUAUAAAGAAUAUAUAUACAAUAAAAUUUUAAAAUAUAUAAAAAUAAAUGCUAAAAA